CAACCGACAACAGUGAAGGUUUCGAUGCAUACAGUUGAGACGGAGUUAUAUGCCGGUAUUAAAUUUUAAAGCAGUAAGAGUAGAAGCGAGAAUACAGUGUCGCUAAAAAAAUCUAAAGGCUUACAAAAACGCCGGUAUACUAUUUUGUAUAGUGUAAAAAAUAUUUUCAUUUUUAAUAAAUAGUUUUAUUAGUUAGCAACGAUUAGUGGUAUAUAUUUCUUUGAUAAAUUCAAAUUAAUAUAAAUUUACAACUUUGCACAUAUAUACGUAGAAAAUAUAUAUAAAAUGGCUGAAGAAAAAACAGAAAAUAGCCCAUCUGCUGAAGGAGAGAAAAAAAUUGAAGAGACGAGCUCUCCAACAAAAAAUGAACAAAGCGACGUCCAAGAUACUCAAGUUGAGGAUAAAAAAGUCGAAGAAAAUAGUGAGUCAGAAAAACCUAACGAAAAUGAUGACAGCAAACAGGCAUCUGAACCAAAGCAUAUGCGUGCUAUUGUUCUUAAUAGCUUUGGUAGUCUAAAAAAUGUCAAAGUUCUUAAGAAACCAGAGCCAACUCCAAAUCAGGGCGAAGUUCUUAUUAAAGUCAAAGUAUGUGGUUUGAAUUUCCAAGAUUUGAUGGUGAGACGAGGAACAUUUGAUUUACCAUGUAAACCUCCUUUUAUCAUGGGAUCAGAAUGUACAGGUGAAAUUGAAAUGAUUGGUGAAGGUGUAACUAAUUUCAAAGUCGGUGAUCGAGUUGUUGCUAUGCCAGAUUACAAAGGAUGGGCUGAACUUGUUACUGUCCCAGAGACUGCGGUUUUUAAAUUACCUGAAAACAUGAGUUACACCGAUGCAGUAGCAAUAACUAUGAAUUAUGUGGUUGCUUAUAUUAUUCUUUUCGAUUUAUCCUGUCUGACUCCUGGAAAAAGUCUUCUUGUUCAUAGUGCUGGAGGAGGCGUGGGACAAGCAAUUAUUCAACUGGCAAAAACAGUAAAAGAUGUAAAAAUAUUUGGAGCAUGCAGUAAAUCUAAACACGAAGAACUCAAAGCCGAAAAUAAUAUAGAUCAUUUACUUGAACGUGGAACAGAUUAUUGCAGUGAAGUUCGAAAAAUAUUACCUGAAGGUGUUGAUAUUGUAUUGGAUUGUAUGUAUGGUGAAGAAUAUAACAAAUGUUACUCUCUUUUGAAACCAAUGGGUAAAUACAUUCUCUAUGGAUCAAACAACCUUUUCACUGGUGAAACUAAAAGUUUCUUUUCCGUUGCCAGAUCUUGGUGGCAAGUGGAUAAAAUCUCACCGAUAAAACUCUUAGAUGAUAAUAAAACUAUUUCCGGUUUUAACCUUCGUCAUUUAAUGCAUCAACAAGGAGGACAUAGUUUUAUUAAAAACGCCGUCGAGAAAGUAUUUAAUUUGUGGAACAGUGGUUGUAUUAAACCGAAAAUUGAUUCGACAUGGGCUCUUGAGAAUGUUACUGAUGCCAUGCAGAAAAUGCAUGAACAUAAGAAUAUUGGUAAAAUUUUGCUCGAUUUAAGUCUUGAACCAAAAGUUAAACCUGCCCCUGUCACUAAGGGUAAAGUGAAGGAUAAAAAGAAUGUUAACCCAGACGAAAAACAAGAAUCUCAUGGAGAGCCAGAAGAAAAUGAAAAGAAAUCGGAAACAGAAUUGAAAAAUGACCAAAAUGAAGAUGCGUCUGAUAAUGCUGUAAAAGAGACUGAGUCAAGCUGAAUUUAUAAAGCAGUUUACAAAUCAUCAUUUCAAUAUCAUUUAAAAUUGAACAAGUUCACAAAAAUACUUGUUUAUGCAUUAUUUAUAUAAAAAAAAGCUUAUUAUACUCUUAUCUACAGUGAACUGCAUAUACUAAAAUAGUAAAUGAAAAAUGAUUGAUAAUAAUAAUAAAAUUUGAACAAAUGAUCUCAUAAACAUGAAAUGAAAUUAUAUUUUCAUUAAAACUCAAUAUUUUUUCAUUUCAUUACAAAUUAUUGUAAUUCAUCUCUGGUAAGAAUAUUUAGUAAAGUUUGAAAGCUGUAAUACUAUAUUAUUGAUUGCAUAAAUAUUUAAUGAGUAAUGAAAAUUUAUUAAAAGUUAUAAGAUUUACUAAAUUCAUUAUUUCUAUUGGGUGUCUUAUAGUGUUUUUCAUUUUAUAAUGAAUUAUUUCACUGAUCAUUCAUAACUUGCACAGUUUUGUUUCAAUCUUCAUUAUUCGCAUGCUGAGCGCUAGUUUAUCGUGUUAAUGCCAAAUGCGGAAGCAUCUCAUUUUGAAAUGCGAAUGCGAAUAUUUAGUAAAAACACGACAGCAGUAUUGUGAUACGAUCAUUUGCCACACUCUCACUUGCACCAUACAGUGUAAUGUCGUUUUUAAAAUUAAAUGCUGUUAAAUUAUUUAUUAAUUAAUUAAAGUAUUUUGAUUUUAAAAUUUUUAUUCGUUAUCAAAAUAGUAUGAAAAUCGCUAAAGUGUGAAAGCCGCGAGCAAGUAACUACGGGUUAACUCUAUGUUGUAAUUAAUGUUCAUAUGAAUAAAUAACCACAUUCAUAAAAAACAAUUAGAUACUAAAAAAAAAACAUAAAUUCAAAAAUAAAAGGAGUAUUGGAAUAGAUUCAUUUGGGUUUUUUUAAUCGAAAUUAACCAAAAAAACAUGAUACUGAAGUUAGCUGACGUUUAACAAUUUUUAGAUUUUUUUAAAAACAACAAAUUACAAAAAAAAAAAAUAUUCGAAAAAAUUGCUGAUUGCCGUUAACUUCAGAAUCAUAAAAAAAACUAAUUUCCAAUAUUUGAUAAAAUUCAAUAAUUUAUUUAAGUAUUAAUGUAUUUUUAUAAUUUUUUGAUACUGCCGAAAACCCUGAUAUAAAGUUCAUCUCUUUGAGCAUUAAAAUUCUUAGAAUGUUCAUUACGCUAGUAAUUAUUUAAGAUUAGAUAAUUUGGAAAAGAGAUAUAAAAUGCGAUUAAAGAAGUUUCAUGUAAAAGACAAGAAAAAAUAAUAGUAACCACUGAGUAAAAUCUAUAAAACUUUUGAUAAAUUUGAUUUUUAUUUAAUACAUAUCUUAUAACAUUUUCGUAGAUUUGUGAUUGAAGUUUUUACCAGAGAUUGCAUAUAAAAAUUUUCUGAUUUUUAAUUAACAUUAAAUGAGAAGAGAGAUACUUUGAUGAUUGAUAGAACAAAAAAAAAUUAAAUUUUUUAUAUUUGUAAUUUUAUAUUUCGUUCAAACUAAGCAAAAAAUAUGAAAAAACAUUUUUUUUAUUUUUCUCAUUUAUAUCUUAUUUAUCUCUAGUUAUUGAUAUUUAAAGUGCAGUGUAAAGCUAGCCUGAACUUCAGUUGCCUAAGCUUAUACCCUAAACGUCCAAUAGUUAAGGGUCUGAAGACUAAAUCAAAUAAAAGUUAUGAGCUGAAAGCAAUAUAAUAAAUGUCAUUCAGCAGUAUUUUAAACGUAAAAGUAUAACUCAAUCAUUAAAUAUUAAAUGAAAACAUAUAAUAACUGAUUAUCUUUAUAUCCAAACUUAUGUAAUAUAUAAUUAAAAAAUUAUAUUUUUGUAAAAUUUUAUUAUACUCAGUCGAAAAUUAAUGCGAGAUAUCAUUAUGAUAUUUUAGGUAGUUGACAUAAAUCUAUAUAUAUUUUCACAACUCAUUUAAAUCUGAAUAAACAGCUAUAUUUUAUAAACUGUAAAUUACAUUGAAUCAAAAUCAGCUAUAAUUUCUGUUUGGAGAAUCAUUAAUAUAAUCGUAAUAAAUAUUUCUGGAUUAUAAUAUGAAACAUAAUAGAAAAUAUUUUUAAAAAAUUAUUUUUUAAUUACGACAUGGAAAUGAAACUAUAAUAGGGAGAUUUUUGCAAAAGGUAGUUAGUGAUAAUGCUAUACUAAAUAGUGUGGAAAUAUAAUCGUUAAAUAUUUGCUUUUAGCUUAUAACUUUUAUUGGGUUAAAGCUCUGAAGGAUGAGAAAAUAUAUUAUCUAAUUUUAUCCUGUUUUAUUUGAGCUAGCCAAAUUGUUCUUUAAUUGUAAACUAUAAAAUUAUACUAUUUUAUUGAAUAUCAUACGGCUUUAUAAUUAAAGAAAAAAAACCAUAAAUGGAAAAAUCUAUUUCUACUUGCUAUUUAUACUAAAUGCUUAUUAUUGAUGAAUAAAUUAUAAUUGAGUAAUGCUA